UUUUUAGGUUAGACCAUGUCUAAUAAACAGGACACGACUCUUAUUUUGUUUUUGCUUAGUGACGUCAUCACGCCGCGCCGCGCCGCGCUCCUGCUUCUGUUUUCAUCCGGCUGGAGAAAGAGACUCCAUGAGACCCGUGAAUGUGUAAUUCUGAAGAUGGCGUUGAUUAAAGAGGAAUGUGAAGACGUGAGGAUUGAAGAAGCUUUCAAAAUCAGAGAUGAAGAUGCGGAGGAACAGACAGAUUAUAGCAGCUACAACCAAGCUGGAGCACAGCAGUCGUAUGGCUCAUACACAGCACCUCCUGCUCAGACAUAUGGACCGGCUGCACAGCAGGGAUAUACUCAGCAAGGUUACAGCUCCUAUGCUCAACCCGCUGCUGCACCUGAGGCCACCUACAGUCAGGCAGCGCCCGCUGCUGGAGCGUCAGCGCAACAGCAAUACGGAUCUACAUACGGGCAAGCAGCCGCAACAGCGGCUGCAGCACCAGGACCCAUGAGGGGUGGAAUGGAUCGUGAUAUGGGCUGGAACGGCGGCCCUCAACCAGGAAAUGUGCAGAAAAGAGCUGGAGACUGGGAAUGUCCUAACGCUGGUUGUGGAAAUCAGAACUUCUCCUGGAGAAUGGAGUGUAACCAGUGUAAAGCUCCAAAACCCGAAGGCCUUGGAACUUCUCCUCCCUUUUAUCCAGCUGCAUAUGGAACUCCACAGCCAGGAGCCUAUACUCAGCCUGCACAGAGUUACAGGGCCAGCAGCUACACCGGCUCCACUGCUGCCCCUGCUGCUCAGGCUUCCUAUGGCUCUCAGCCCGGAUGCUCCACCCAGCCGGCCUAUUCUGGCUACAGCCAGCAGCCUGCUCCCUCCGCUCCUCAGAGUUACAGUGCAAGCAGCCAGCCGGCCUACAACCAAAGUGCCUAUUCGCAGCCUGCAGGCUAUUCUCAGCCAGGAUACCAGGCUCAGCAACCGGGCUAUGGACAACAACAGCAGAGUGCUUAUGGACAGGGACAACUACCUCAACAGCACCAGCAAGGCCCGCCAGCUGCCUACCCUCCUCAGGGGAGCAGUUCCUAUGCACAGACUCAGUACGGCCAACAGAGUGCGCCACAGAAUGAUUACCAGCAAAACCCUUAUAACAGUUACAGCCAGGGUGGCGUGAGCGGAGGUUACCCAGGGUCACAGCGUGGUGGAUACCAGGAUGGUGGCCGAGAUGGAUAUGGCCGUGGAGGUCCUCGAGGCCGUGGUAUGGGCGGCGGUGGCAUGGGCAUCGCUGGAGACAGAGGGGGCUUCAAUAAGCCUGGUGGACCCAUGAGGGGUGGAAUGGAUCGUGAUAUGGGCCAUCCAGGAGAGCAGGACUCUGAGAACAGCACCAUCUAUAUCACAGGUCUCACUGAGAAUGCCACUCUACCAGAGAUGGCUGAGUUUUUCAAGCACACUGGAGCAAUUCGGAUAAAUCGGCGUUUAAAUCAACCAGCCAUCAACAUCUAUACAGAUAAAGACAGCGGCAAGCCAAAGGGGGAUGCCACACUGUCCUAUGAGGAACCUGCAUUUGCCAAACCUGCAGUUGAACAUUUUGAUGGAAAGGAGUUUCAGGGCAGGAGAUUAAAGGUCUCUAUGGCCCGCCGGAAGCCCAUGAUUGGGGGAAUGAGAGGAGGAAUGCCAAUGCGAGGUGGCCCUGGAAUGGAUCGUGGAGGAAUGAUGGGCAGAGGAGGCGAGAGAGGCGGCUUUCCCCCGCGUGGUGGCCCUCGAGGUGGAAUGGGCUGGAACGGUGGCCCUCAACCAGGAAAUGUGCAGAAAAGAGCUGGAGACUGGGAAUGUCCUAACGUUGGUUGUGGAAAUCAGAACUUCUCCUGGAGAAUGGAGUGUAACCAGUGUAAAGCUCCAAAACCCGAAGGCCUUGGAACUUCUCCUCCCUUUUAUCCAGGAGGUGAACGUGGCAGGGGUGGCAUGAGGGGCGGCAGGGGCAUGGACCGUGGUGGGUCGGAAGGAAUGCGUGGAGGCUGGGGAGGAGAUCGCGGAGGCUUCAGAGGCCGUGGUGGGAUGGAUAGGGGCGGAUUCAGAGGAGGUAGCAGGUGUGGUCCUCCCAUGGACAGAGGCAGAAGAGGCAUGGGACCCCCAGGCAAGAUGAAAAUGAGGGAUCAUCGUCAGGAGCGCAGGGAAAGACCCUACUGAGUUCACGCAUCAAGCAAAAGGAAAUUUACAUAGAGGAAGGGUUAGUAACCUUAUUGAGAAAGAAAACCAGGUUUGUUUGAUUGUAAAAUAACCAAAUUCAGUGAAAUGACCCAAAAUAGACCAGAAAUACCAAAUGAAAUGACCUUAUUGAGAAAGAAAACCAGGUUUGUUUGUUUUUUGUUUGUAAAAUAACCAAAAUAAGUGAAAUGACCCAAAAUAGACCAGAAAUACCAAAUGAAAUGACCUUAUUGAGAAAGAAAACCAGGUUUGUUUGUUUUUUGUUUGUAAAAUAACCAAAAUAAGUGAAAUGACCCAAAAUAGACCAGAAAUACCAAAUGAAAUGACCUUAUUGAGAAAGAAAACCAGGUUUGUUUGUUUUUUGUUUGUAAAAUAACCAAAAUAAGUGAAAUGACCCAAAAUAGACCAGAAAUACCAAAUGAAAUGACCUUAUUGAGAAAGAAAA